UUGGAGGUGGUGAUGCUGCUGGUGCAGCUGGUGCUGCUGAAGGACGCGGCUUGCGGUGGAGCUGUCUGGGAUGUGUUGACACGCAUUUCUGCUCCCAUCUCCUUGAUUAACCCGGCAGCCUGGAUGGUUUCGAGCCGCAGAGGAGAGGAAGAGGAAUGAGCGCGGACCGAGCAGCGGCAUCCUUAUCAUGCAGCCGCAGAAAAUCACCACCCGUCCAUUUUACGCGAUUAUAUGAGCCGAUGAGCGCCAGUUUAUGUGUGCUUUUCAGACGGGCGGCAGCGCUGUGCAGACCCGGGAAUAACAACGCAGGCCAACACCUCGCUGCAGCUACAUACAAGGAAUGAAAACGCUCCCAAGAUGGUCCGCAUCGCCAAGGCCCUGGGUUUGGUUAUUCUGUGCGUCGCCGUGCUCAUUUUAUCCCUCAUCAGCUACGUGUCUCUGAGAAAAGACAGCCUCUUCUCCUCCUCUAAAUACUACAUGGGAGGCCCGAGGAUUAUGUUUCAUGCAGGCUUUCGGUCUCAGUUCGCCAUGAAUUUCCUGGACCCCUCCUUCAUCCCCUUAACUAAUGCCCUAAACGAAGAGCUCCAAGGAAAACCGUCCAAAUGGAAGUUCAACAAGACAGCUUUUUAUCAGCAGAGGAAAGAUAUCUUCAACUACAUCGACAUUCCCAACAACUUUUCCCUUACGAAGAACAGCGUGCGUGUUGGCCAGCUGAUGCACUUUGACUACUCCAGCCACAAGUAUGUUUUCUCCAUCAGUAACAACUUCAAAUCCCUGCUUCCCGACACCUCUCCCAUCCUCAAUAAGCACUACAGCAUGUGUGCCGUAGUGGGAAACAGCGGCAUUCUCACCGGCAGCCACUGUGGCCCUGAAAUUGACCAAGCCGAUUUUGUCUUCCGCUGCAACUUUGCCCCCACCGACAUCUACUCCAAGGAUGUAGGCAAGAAGACCAACCUGACCACCUUUAACCCCAGCAUCCUGGAGAGGUAUUACAAUAACCUGCUGACCAUUCAAGACAGAAAUAAUUUCUUCCUCAACCUAAAGAAACUGGAGGGAGCCAUCCUGUGGAUCCCUGCCUUCUUCCUUCAUACCUCAGCUACAGUAACUCGGACCUUGGUGGAUUUCUUUGUGGAGCACAAGGGACAGCUGAAGAUUGAACUGGCCUGGCCAGGAAAUAUCAUGCACGACGUGAACAAAUACUGGAAGACUAAAAACCUCUCUCCCAAGCGUCUCAGCACUGGGAUCCUCAUGUACACGCUGGCCUCAGCCAUAUGUGACGAGAUCCACCUCUACGGCUUCUGGCCCUUUGGCUGGGACCCCAACACAGGCAAGGAUCUGCCGUACCACUACUACGACAAGAAAGGGACCAAAUUCACUACUAAGUGGCAGGAAACCCACCAGCUGCCCAGCGAGUUCAAGCUGCUCUACAAGCUGCACAGGGAAGGCGUGAUCAAACUCAGCUUGACGCACUGCUCUUAGACAUUCGAUGAGUCCGGGAUGGUUUAAGACGUGACUCCAGAGACCAUUACAGACAUACAUUAGCUCAGUUCAAACUUCUGUUGUGGCACACAUGAUAAGCAUGAUAAGUGUUUAGGCAGUUUAUGAUCAUCCUGCAAACACACACUCGUGUCACGUUGUAAUUUUACAUGAAGAUGUCAGGCUCACUCGAGCUGCAGAUCCCAGCAUUGUUAUUCAUUCAACAUGUUGUGUUCAGCACCACAGUUAGGGGCUUUCAUGCAGCUCAGUUGCUUCCAUUAUUCUCCUUUGCAUGACUGCUGGCUAAAUAGUUUGAGCCAAACAGACGUCUAUUUUAACUGGAGUCCACGGGGGAUUCAGCUGUGGGAACGCAGUAAAUUUCCACUUCUGCUUGAAACAGAUUGAUUAAUCACCUUUACAACAGUAUACCAAUUCUGUACACUGAAAUCACUGCCUAAUCUCAGGGAAGGAGUUAGAUCAGUGUUUUUUGUAAUCAGAUUUAAUGCCUCCAGAGAGGUGUGGUUCCUGUUUUCAGGCCUUUUCCCCCACGAGGUGUCAGACAAUCUGCACUGCUCUAGAAGAUGGUAUUUGUUUACAAGAUUGUACUCUAUAUAAAUAUAUGUGUCUUUUAUUCUCUGUAGACAGCCUGACUGUCCACUUCAAAAUUUUUGGAAUAAUAAUCAACAUUCCAACAAUAAGCCAUAAAUUCAUGGAGAGGCGUUUUGUGAUCAUUAGAUCAGAACUGCAGAACGUGUUACCGGCCUUCAUUACGUAGGUGUUGAGAAAAUGAGACAUUUCCAAAAUCUACCAACAAGACUACAAGGAUAAUUUUCCAUCAGUAACAAUGAAAAUAUAUGUAAUGGCAAACUUACUUGAUUUAGGAUCAAAUUUAGCCAAGUAAUUUCUGAUAAGAGAUCAUCAAGUUUUGUUAUCAUCAUGUAUAAAAGAACCGAUGUUUACAAUUAAAAUAUUAUCAAAAUACAUGACAGACUGGAGCAACAGCUCCAUCUUUUUGUAAAUCCACGAUUAAAUCCCAAAUUUCUCAUUUGUGGGAUAAUAAAGGUUUAUUCUAGGUUUAUUCUAUUCUAUUACCAAGUCUGAAUAUCGUACCUAAGUUAGUUUAAAACUUAGCUUACUAAAUUGGGACCUCAGGAAGCCACUGGUCAAACCCAAAACAUGGUAAUCCCUGACCUAACUACUCUGUAAAACUGCAAAUCUUUCACACAUUGUUUAAAAAUAUUUACCCGUGCAGAUACAAGAUGCUAUUUUGUGAGUUUUAAAAGAUCUGCUAACCAAAAUUUAUGAUCCUUCAGAAGAGCCAAGCUAUUUAUUUCUGCUCUUUUACCACUCUUAAUCAAACCUAAGUUAUUAGGUAAAAAUAUUUAUUUCACAGUUAAAGGCACCAGUGUUGCCAGAUUGGGUUUCCACACAGUUUUAAGCUUAAUCUUGAUGGUUAAAAUUAUGUUGGACAGGUGAACAAAAUUUAGCCUGUUUUGGGAUCCUUUUUGAUUAUUUAAAAAAUAUGCAUUUUAAAUGAUAGUUCACAAUAAAACCCAAGAGUGUACGUAUUUUACCUAAUCAGAAAUUGUCACGCCGGACUGUCCGCCAUGACGCGAAAUACUAAGACUUUAUGUUCCAGUUGCUGCUCUGUUAUGUCAGAUAUCAGUGAGAAGAUGCUGCCACAGUGGGUUAAAUGUAUACAUAUAUAAACUACAGAAAGGAGUAGGAGAGUGAGGUGAAGUAUCUAAAUCAAAGCUUAUAUGAAAAAUAGUCAGUCAUGGUGUUUUUAAAUAAACAGUCUGAAAUAUUUAAAAGUAUGAAUGUACCUAUUAUAUAAGUGGGUAGAGUGUGUGGAUGCCUGGGUGCGCUAAAUUGACUAUGGGUAUGUGCAAAAUGGAACACAGAUGUGCAUGGAUUGUUACUUUGGUUGGUUUUAAGUGAUACGUGAUAAUUGUUUGUGGUUGACAACAAGUGUUUGCCUGCAAACUGACAAGAAUAAUAGUAAAAGAGGCUUCUGCUUCUCUCCCUCACACUCUCUUGCUUGCGUUUGUGUGUUGAUAUAAGGAUUUCUGUUGGGAGCCAUUGGGCACCAGCGUGAAUUGCUCUUGAAUGUGGUGCAGUGCAGUGGUGGAUUGCUACUUACUCCCAGAGUAUUGGUGAGAUUUUAGUGAAACAAGAUUAAUUAGCCCUGUUCAGGAGCCCUGCUGACUUCUCAGUGGAUAAAUGAGUACUUGGUAAAUACUUCAGAGGGUUACUUACACCAGCGGUUCCCAACCCCUGGGCCACGGACCGGUCCCCGAGUCGUUUGGUACCUGGCCGCGAUAGUUGUGGCUUGGGUGUGAUUUAUGGAAUUUAUGGUUUUCAGGGUUUUUAUCGGUUUUAUCGUUAACUCGGUUUCCCUGGGUCUUUUCCCGUGUGUUAUGAAUAAAUCUUCUUUUUUUUUGGUACCAGUACUGGUUUUAUUUUGUUGUAUUUAUCCGCGACCCCUGAAAGGCCGGUCCGUGAAAAUAUUGUCGGCCAUAAACCGGUCCAUGGCGCAAAAAAGGUUGGGGACCGCUGACCUACACAACCAAAUGCCUGAAGUGUUCACGAGCAACCAACCAACUGCUAAAAAAAAAUGCUCAGUGAGGAAGUUGUAUGUCUACCUUAACUGUACCAGGAAUUGAACUCUUGAGAUUAAGAAUCUCUUUUGCGAGGGUGUCCUAGGCCAACAUAGAAAGCACUGACCUAGCAACCCUGUGGAAAUAUGUGAAAAUGUCGGUCGUUUCCAAACAGAAAAACCCCAAAUCAUCAUUAGUAAAGACUUUAUUAUUGAGCUGUAACAUAUCUUCCAAAUCUGAACGGUUUUGUGGUUAGCACACUGUUAGCUUGGUUAGCUUAAAGGGAGUUGUGCAUAGUUGAUUAUGCUAGCCUACUUAAUGCUGUUUAGUGGAAUGUAGUUUUGCUUUUACAUGAUAUAAUUUCAGAUCUUGUAAGUUUAGGUUUACACAUUCAGAUUGUUUCUUUUUCUCCUGUCUAAAUGGAAACAUUAGGGAGCUAAUGUUAGCUAGCUAGUUACAUGAGAGUGGGUUAUGAUAUUUAUUAUUUAGUAACAACAUAUUUAUGCAACAUGCUUCAAUAAGUAUGCUUAAAUUCUCACUUAGUAAACACAAGCUUGGUUUAAACAUACAAACAAAUGUCAAAAAUCAUUUUUGACCAGGGGCUACCAGACUCGGACCACCUUGUGAUGUAAAUCAUGGCUCAAGUGUGGCUUAAAACAUCAGGAAAUAGAACUUUUUAAAAUAAUAACCGAUCUUGAGGUUUCCCACUAUGUCCAAAAUACCCUGCCGACGAUUGAACUUCACUAUUUAUUAGACAGCUUUUGUUGACUGAAGAAAUGUUCUUUAUUCCUACCGUAACUGUAUCAAAUUCAAUAUUCGUGAUGCAAGAUAAAAUGAAUGAAUGUUAUAUGGCUUAUUGCAUCUUGUACAAACAGCAUGAAACAUUUAAGUGGUAAUGCAUGUGAGGCACUAACAGAUCUUUUAGGCUAGUUUUAUACAACCUUUUUGAAGGGUAAAAUUUAGUCAUUUGCUAUUGUUUGUAUUCCUGGUGGUGUAUUCCUUAAGAAUAUCACUGGUGUCUUUGUAUGAGAGCUGUUUGAAGGCUAAAAAAGAACGCUGUAUUCCACAUGGGACCAAACUUCUACAGAUCAACUUAAAAAUGAACAAGCUUUAUUUUUUAUAACUGUAGAUAGUCCUGGGGUCUUAAACAGUCCACCUUAUCGUGCCAGACUGAAACAGACUGGUGGAUAUAGGGCUGAGGAAGACUGGACCCAAACAAUAAAAGCUGGCCACAUGACCAUCCCAUGACUCUGCAACAUGUGCUCCUUGUUGCAAAUUCCAGCUUAGGCUGAGGUUUAACACACAGAGAAAUGCAGUCAUGCACAUUUACCAUAUGUAGUGUCUGUUCUUUCGUCUUGUUCAAAUGAACUAAUUCAAAUCGUUAACUUGUUUGUCUAACCUUUAAAUCACAGUGCAGUCACGACAUUAAAAGCAACAACCAUGAAACUGCACAUCUUGUAAAAAGGCAGCCAAAUUUUAGGACUUUGAUUGUUAUAGACGUGUAAGAAUAAUUUAAGCAGUCCCUUCACUGAAUGUUUUGUAGGUACACCAAAGACCAUGUGCUUAAAGUAGAAAUAAUGGAAACUGAUUUGUGAAAGCUCUAUGACAACUAACGGCAGUAGACAGUAAAAAAAAAUGGAAGUGGCAACCCUGUAAACCUCCACUGAUUUGUAAAGUCUGAAUAUGAAGCCUCAAGCUAAGUGUUUUCGCCAUGACCACCUUGGUGUUUUGAGACUGCCUGUGGCAAGUGAGGGCUGGAUCUGGCUGAGAAACUAAGGACAUGUAUGCUCAUUGGCUAAAGACUUGCAAUAUCCUGAUCAUGACUUACAAAACUAACCUAUUGAGUUGAUUAAGUAAUGAUAAAAAUGUUUAUAAAUGUCACAGACUGAAGGAGCGAAGGGUGUUUUUCCAUAUUUCUAUGUAAUAGGACAGGAAGUCUUUUUGCAGCCAAGGGAGUCGCCCCCUGCUGGAUGCAGGGGGCAAAGUUUGAGGCACUUUGGCUUCAGAACACUAGGGUAACCCCACAAACAUUUGAGGUUUUUAGGGCUGACACUUGCCUAAUGGCCACUGUUUUGCAGAGAUUUGCCUAAUUAAGUACAUUCAUAGAAUUUCUUUGUAAAGCUAUGAAUGUCCUCCUUCAGAGUUAUUUGUUGGAAAUAUCCAGUGGUAUACUGCUGGGCAUUUCCUCCUCUAAGAAAAUUUCUUGUAAUAUUUAAAAUCAGUGUGCAGAAUGUGUGUAAAAUAUACUGAUGCCAAGAAACUCUGUGAUGAUUGUAUUCCAGUCAGAGUAAUAUAAUUUUUUUGUGCAUUACAGUAUGUUUAAAUGACCAGACAGUGAUGUGCAUUACCUAAACAUUAAAUGUGUUUAUUCCAAAUUGAGGACUAUACAGGAUUUGUUCUUUAACAACCCUUUAACAUUUCUGUACUUGUGUUUGAUCUGCAUGCUGAUUUUGUUCCAUUAUGCUGCUUAUGUACAUGUUGUAUAAAAGUCAUAAAUCAUGUAAGUGACUGUACUAUCCUGGUUGUUUGAUCAACAGCAAUCAUCCAAGUAAGAAACCAUGUCCUACAGUAAAUGUUUUUUGAUUAUAUUCCAUGAUAAAUAUACAUUAUGUGCCUGCAUAUUCUUUCCAUCAAUGCCUCAACGUGUCAAAUAAACAGUAUUUUUCUCUGGUA